CCCCCUUAUUUCCCCCCCUUCCUUCCAUCCCUUCACAGGGGUGCGAAACCCCCCUUCUUCAAUUCUGUCUCCUCGCCGACCAUCUGACGGAAUUUCCGAUCAAAAUGAACAACCUUAUGACGGAAUCCUUUGAGAGGGUCAUUGGACGUUAUGCUGGAGAGGGAGAUACUGAAUCAGGGAAUGGGUUUUCGCCCGAUGCUAGAGAUAUGGGGAUGGAUGGGUUUUUCAAAAAGGUGGGAGAAAUAGAGAAACAAAUUGAGAGAAUUACUAGCCAAUUGCAUAAGCUUCAGGCUGCCAAUGAGGAAUCUCAGCACGUAACAAAGGCCUCGGAUAUGAAAGCAAUCAAACAAAGAAUGGAGAAGGAUGUUGAUGAAGGCAAAAAAAUUGCUCUGAAGGUCAAAACAAGCCUAGAAGAAAUUGAUAGAGAUAAUUUAGUCAACAGGCAGAAACCAGGAUGUGAAAAAGGGACAGGAGUAGAUCGGUCAAGAAUGGCAAUGACUCUUGCAUUGAAAAAGAAGUUGAAAGAGCGAAUGUCCCAGUUUCAGACCCUAAGGCAGAGCAUCCAAGAGGAGUACCGUGAGGUCGUUGAGAGAAGAGUGUUCACGGUGACAGGAACACGACCUGAUGAACAAAUGAUAGAUCAAUUGAUAGAGACUGGGAAGAGUGAGCAAAUCUUCGAAAAUGCAAUUCAAGGAUAUGGCCGAGGACAGAUUGUGGAUACAUUGGCAGAGAUUCAAGAGCGACGCGAUGCAGUCCUUGAGUUAGAGAAAAAACUUCUUGAUCUGCAGCAAAUGUUCCUGGACAUGUCAGUGUUGGUCGAUGCACAAGGAGAUAUGCUGAAUGACAUCGAAGCUCAGGUCACCAACUCAGUCGAUCAUGUCCUAAAGGCAACGGCGAACCUACAGGAAGCAAGGAAAUUGCAGAAGAAUUCCAGAAAGUACGUGUGCUUUGCCAUUGUCAUGCUUCUCGUCGUCAUAAUCAUCGCACUCUUUGCAGUUCUGAAGACGUCCAAGUCAUCGAUGUGAGAACCGAUGAGUGCCAAGAGAUGCAUUGCUGUGGAUGGAAGCUAGGGAUGUGUUCAGAGCGUGUUAAAGACAGUCUCCCGUAGCUUCUUUGUGCUGUUCAAUUGUUUUCUUCCACUCAAAUUUUUGCUGAAUGUUUGAUGCCCAAGAAAAUCCAAAGUUAUAUCUCUUUCGUCAACCAUAUGAGCAUUGCUGUUAAGACCUACUUUUUACUAUGAUGAGUCAUUAUGGUUCUAUUUUUUUC